UGAGCCCGAAUCUGGAGAAAGGGGGUGGAGCUGUGGGGUAGGAGAGGGAGAAAGCGCGUGUGCGCGCUAUCCCGGAGCUAGGCGGGGUGAGCGGGAAGGCACGAGCCCGAGGGACGCACAGACAGACAGAGAGAAGGGGGUGGGGGUUGCGCGCCCGCGAGAGCGAGCCCGGACUCUCGCACAGCUAGAGCGAGCCAGCCAGCCGGCCGGGCGGCCGCGGGAUGCCGGGCUCCAUGUUCUCCGAGAUGGAGCCUGUCAGCGAAGCUGGCGGCGAAAAUGUGAGCAGCGGCGGCGGCGGUGGUGGUAGUGGCGGUGGUACCGGUACGGUUGUCGGCGCGAGUGGAGCCGCUACAGUCACUGCCACCGCCGCCGGGACGGAAGAGGAGCAGAAAUCGUUGCGGCUCGCCUUGGAUCACCUCUCCAUCUUGGGGCUGGGGGAGGAAGGAGACGGCCUCUUGGGCGAGGGAGGAGGAGGAGUG